GUCAGGCGUCCUGGGAUGUCGGUGAGGAAAGAUCCUGGCUGGGCCCUGGCUAGGCUGACACCUGUAGGCGCUGCCACGGGAGGUGUCUGGGACUCAGUGAAGGUUGCCCCGGGAAUGCACCAGCUGGCACAAGACAGCUUGAGGGCCUGUCAGCCAUACAAGUGCCAGUCAGGUGUCACAGAAACAGCCCAGCGUGGUCAGGGUGCAAAACCUCAAGUUCAAGUGGAGAAAAGGAAGCUGAAAACUGAAAUAUUAAUGCUAAACAUGGGAGGACCUGAAACCCUCGGACAUGUUCAUGACUUCCUUCUGAGGCUCUUCCUGGACCAAGACCUCAGGACACUUACUGUUCAAAAUAAGUUUACACCAUUCUUUUCCAAAUGCAGAACCUCCAAGAUUCAAGGCCAGUACCACAGAAUUGGAGGUGGGUCUCCCAUCAAGAUGUGGAUUUCCAAGCAAGGAAAAGGUAUGGUGAAGCUGCUGGAUGACUUGUCCCCCCACACAGCCCCUCACAAAUACUUUAUUGGAUUUUGGCAUUUCCAUUCUUUACCAAAGUAAGCAAAUGAAGAGAUGGAGAGAGAUGACCUGGAAAGGGCUAUUGCUUUCAUGCAACAUCCACAGUACAGUUGCUUAAAUGCCAUUUAAAGAUCAGAUAAUAGAGUGGGACAGAAGCUUACAAUGAAGUGGAACACUAUCGGCAGGUGGCUCACACAUCGCCUCCUCACCCACUGCUUUGCUGACCACAUUCUGAAAGAGCUGGACCAUUUUCCACUGGAGAAGAGA